GAAAAAAUAAUUAAAUUUCAACAAUUCUUGCCAAUUAUUCACACAGUUUGUAAUCCAGGCAUACAACCACGUCAUUGGGAUCAAAUGAGUGAAAUUGUAGGCUUUGAUAUUAAACCAGAUGAAGAUACUAAAUUAUUGACUUUCAUUGAAUAUGGUUUAAAACCGCAUUUAGAAAAAUUAGAAGAGAUUGGUGCUGCAGCAGCUAAAGAACAUCAACUUGAAGUAGCUAUGGCUAAAAUGAAAAAUGAAUGGAGUUUAUUGAAGUUUGAAUUGACUCCUUACAGAGAUACA